AUGGUACAAGAACCCCACUUCUGGCUGAUUUGGGUGACGAAGGGGGCUUGCAUUGGUGCGCUAGCUACCCAAAUCAUGGAAUUCUUCCAUUGCUUUGCCGACGAGGUCGAAUACAUAUGGCAGUUCGUAAACCCCCUUUCUCCGCAACACCAUAGUCCAUUCAUCCAUUCAUCCAGCGGUCGGAUAUCUUUCGUCACCUACCUAUACGCAUGGUCGCGCUACUUCCCCCUCAUCGCGCAGAUCGUCAACCUCGUUUUCAUGGAAAUAGCACAAUCUCCUUCCGCCCACGACCACACCUGCCUUAUGGGUUUCAUAACCAAAGCAGUUACCGCCCAAAUUGCAACAACCUGCGUCGAGCUGAUACUCCUAGUCCGCGUGCACGCGCUCUACAACCGUAGCCGGAAAUCUGGGAUUCUAUUAGGGCUGGUAUUUAUCACUGGCUUCGCGCUAGAGGUAACGAGCGAUAUUAGAGUCAUCAAGUCCGUCAUUGACAGUCCAAACAACAUCUGCAUGCCACCGCCUUACGAACGACUUGCCCUUGCCCUUUUCGCGGCCGGCGUCGGUUUGGUGCAAAGCACCCUCCUCUUCAUGACCGUCAGUAAAGUCAUUCUCGGCCGAAAAUUGGGAUGGGGGAGAACGCCGCUCGUAUCGCUCAUGUUGCGUGAUGGUGUCAUCGUCUUCGCUCUCCUCAUUGGUGAGCACUAUGACCGUUAUCCAUUUUCACGUGUCUUAUCGUCCUCCCAAGUUGUGGUAACACUCAUAAUCACCUUUGAGAUUGCCCAGAACAUGGAAGUCUUGAAAUGGAACGCUAUCUUUUCGUGGUACGUCUCCCUCCUCUCAAUCGUGGGCUGUCGUGUGAUAAUGAAUAUGCGUCGACUCGGGCCACAACACCAACGGUCCUCCGACGUGUCAGAGCUACAGCAGUUCACGUCGGUGUUCUACUCCGACUCGGACCAGCUCGCUUACUUGACAUCAUUAUCACACUGA